AUGCCAAAUGGAGGAAUGCCAAUUGAAGAAUACAGAGAACAGCUGGAGGUGUUAAGGGAGUUAUAUAGAAAGUAUGAGAAUGACGGGGAAGUAAUGAUUAUUGGAGACUUUAAUGCAGACCUUGGUGAUCAAGGAGGGCCAAGGGGCAAAGAUCAAAUGUCAAAACUGGGGAAAGAACUAGCAGACAUCAUGGGUGAACUAGGCUUGCUAUCUCUUAACCUAAGCAACUUGGGCACAGGGCCACUUCACACUUUCCAGGCCAAUGGUGACAAGAAUCUGUCAACUAUAGACCAUAUUGUCAUUCCCCACACAUUAGCAGCGGAAGCAACCUCAUGCAGAGUCUUAGAGAACAACGGAGACAACUUGUCAGACCACAACCCAGUCAUAGCGACUUUCAACAACAAACCAUCUGAGUGGAAAGAAGGGCAGUGUGAAGCAAAACUAGACUGGGAGAAGGUUGAAAGACAAGUAAUUGAGGAUACUUUUGGAAAAAGUGUGGAAAGGAAACUAGAAGCAACUAAAAGCCCCAGUGAAGUGACAAUAGCUGCCAUUGAAGAGGAAGUCGGUGUGUUAACUGAAGUGUUGACAAGCGCAGCAGUAGAGACAAUACCAGUGAAGAGAACAAAAAAGCACCAGAAGCCUUAUUGGUCAACAGACCUACGAGAAACACACCAGGAAGAGAUAGAGGCCUGGCUCCUGUGGAAGGCAGCUGGAAAACCAAGGGAGAAGAACAACCAGCUGUUUAAGAAUUACAAAGACAGUAAAAGCCGCUACCGAGCAGUUCUAAGACAGGCAAAACUCCUGCAUAAAGAACAAGAGAAUGAGAAACUAGCAGAGAUAGCAGGAGCGGACGACAGGGGUUUUUCGAAGAAAAUAAGACAAAGAAAAGGAAAAAUAGACAAACCACAAGCAGUGAAAGUGGGAGACCAACUCCUGACAGACCCAAGAGAGGUAAGAGAGGCAUGGGCCACCCAUUUUGAAGUGCUUGGAAAUGAGCAGAAAGAGGAAAGUGCACUUUAUGAUGAAGUACAUAAGGAAUCAGUCAUAGAGGAAGUAAGGAAAAUGGAGAGGGAGAGUUAUGAUAACACUGAAGACAUUCUAGAAGAACCAUUCCUCCUGUCAGAAGUGGCCACUGUUUGCUGUCAGCUGAAGUGUGGUAAAGCUGGAGGGAAUGAUGGCCUGACAUAUGAACACAUGAAGUAUGGGGGCAAAGCACUGUGGAGCAGAAUGACAGCACUGUUCAAUGCAAUGAGGGAACUAGAAUACAUUCCAAUGGAAUUUAAGAAGGGAAUUAAGAUCCCCUUACUAAAACAAGGCAAAACUAACAAAGCAGAUUUCAACUCGCACAGAGGCAUCACCCUCCUAAAUGUGAUGAUGAAGAUUUGGGAGAAAGUACUUUACAAUAGAUGGAAACCAUGGUUACUGUCCAAGGGCCUACCACAUGAGCUUCAAAACGGUGGUCAGGUGGGAUGUAACAACAUUACCACAGCCUAA